UCAUUUGUCCCAGGGCUCUGGAAGCCCAUUUGCCCCCUUCCAGUCCUCAGAUACUGAAGGAGAGGUGGUCUGGCUGCGUGGCGCUCUCUGCGUUGCCAGUGCUUCUGUGCACACCUUCGGAUGCCUUCUCACCUGCACUGUAGAGAAAGGCUUUGGUGGGGUCAUCACCCUCAAAACACUUCCAUGGUGAAUAACACAAAUGCACUACUCUCCUGGGGUUUUCUGCUCCUAUUCUUGCCAGCCCAGCCACAGGCUCUGUCCCAGCCCUCUGCCAGGGCUGAGGGGAAGGUUAUGCCCAGCAUAGCAUGGUGUGUAACUGCAAUCCAUCCUCACCCCAGGGCGGGGGAGCACCAGCAUCUCAGCCCCAUGCAGUGGCUUGAGCAGCGCAGGCAGAGUGGCUGCAGCCCAUCGCUGCGUAUCCCCUGAGAGCCAUGUCUAGUUAUUUGCAGAGGCUAGGAAAAACCAACACAGACAAUUCGGGGGCUCCUCUGAAGAGGGAAACUGCAUGCCUCCAGCACAACGUGGAGUGUUUAUUCAGAAACUGCAAAGCUAAAGCACACACUUGCGGGCCAGUCCUGCAAGGUCAAAGCGUGGGCAGCCUCAGGACAGGGUCAGUGUUGACUCUACAUGCAGUGAAUUCAAAGAUACCCAUCCUCCCCAGGGACCGGUGGAUUUGCCUGUUUAUUUCACAUGGUUCAGGGACGAGUGGCAGACCAAGGGGAGGCAAAGGGAAUGAUUUAACACCACCACAGACCUCAGGGGCCCAUGCAGGAUUGCCAGAUCCAGCCUGAUGCAGAGAGCCUGACUCUGAAACCUGGCAGAUUUGUAUCUGGAACGGUCAGACAAGACUCAGGAGGCAUUUGGUGGACAGCAAGAUACCUGCAAUGCACUGGUCUGUGGCAGGGGGUAUACACAUGGAUUCGCACUUUUGCAUACAGUUUUGCUUGUUGAAUUUAUCCAUUUCCCAUCUUUUCAUGCUUCAGUCAAGGUAGGGGGAGGAAGGGAUUAUCUGUUUUCACAGGCAUCACAGUUCAUCACACAGAGCUGCUGGUAGUCCUGCUCCCAGAGAAGCAUGUUGCAACCAGGCAAGUUGCCCCCAAACCUGCCUCAAUCAGGGAGUGAAGGACAAGGCUGAAAAUCGUUUUACUGUCGUUGUCAUGCAAGACAAAACUGGAAGAAGUGCCCUGACACCCUGCUAGAGUGACAGUGGCAUAGCUUCCCCAGCUGCCCACACUGACCCCCCAGAGAACCUUGGAUUCAGGGCUACGUCCAUGACUGCAAGGAGGGAUAGACAAAUCUCUGCAUAUUGCCUUGAAGUAGCAAUGCUAGAUGCGGGUAAACAGAGAUACCAUUGAGGGUCAUAAAGUGCCUUGACUUAUACAUUGGUGUUGCUAUGUCUGCUGUGAUGGCACUCCCAACAGUGCCAGGAGAGAGGCCUGGCGGAAGGAUCCAGCCCUAGGUCCAUCUGUCCCUUGGACAAAGCAUUCCCAGGGCUUUUGGGUAGAGAAAGCCAUGUGGGGGACCCACACAGUGAGAUGUACCCAAGGUUGUUCCCUGCCAAUCAGCUCCAGUAACACUCAAGGACUCUCUGCCACUGGAGCUGCUGAGGUUGCUGGAUACCUGGUUGAGCUCCUCCAGGUCCUCACCUAGGAAACUGGAUACAUCAGUGAAGGUGGCCCAGGGCUAGGUGAAAGGAAAUGUGGAGAAAAAGGGAAGGUAAGCAGUGCCUGGCACACUGUAAAGUGUCCAGCUGCAACAGCUCAUGCAAUCAAGACUGGCCAGAAAGUUUAACCUACUUGCACAAAUUCAUCCAUAGCAAAAGGGAUGCAGCUUUGGCCACAUCCGCUACAGAGCUCUGCUGGAGAAGAGGAGUCUGCUGCAUUGCUGGUGCUGGUGGGGGACAGGGAGGCAACCCUGGGCUCUAAAAUGAGCCCAGUGUCCCUGGCAUUGUGGCCGAGUCUCUGCCUCUCAGUACUUCCUCUUCAGAGCAGAGACAACUCGAAACUAGGUGGUGGAGCCUGUAAUUUCCACACUGUUACCCAUCACCAAAGCCUUCCCAUGGGAUAAUAAAAUCACUUCUUUGGGAUUUAAAGUAAUUCACACACAAGAGCCAAAUCUUUACUGGGAUUUUGGUCGUGAGAGAGGGAAGUGCAGGCUCUGUAAGAUUUUAAAGCCCGUCUAUUCCAUUAAGCGCCUCUAAAGACUCUGAGGGCACUGCGACUCUUUCUUUUACAAAUGUUCUUUACAAAUGUAUUGGUUUCUACCCAGCUAGAAGGUGGCUGGAAUGGAGAAACAUUCACAGUACAAGCUCUGCAGUGCCAUAUGGCAAUGUUCUGCUGAGUCAAGAGUGAUUUAUCAGACCUCACCAGGCUUUGGAGUGACUGAGUAGAUGGGAGGUGUGAGAAGCUGAGUUAGCCACAGCCCGAGCAUGCACCCAGUUCCCAUGGAGCACUGAAACACCCAGGGAUUUCCACCCUUUCUUCUAUGUUUCAUAUCACCUGCAAGCAGUGCAGAAUAUGUCAAGCUCUUUGUAAAAGUGCUUCCAUAUGUGAUGUCCCCCCUAUGGCCAGGCAGAGAGAAUCAUAGAAUAGAAUCAUUUAUGUUGGAAAAGCCCCUUAAGAUCAUCAAGUCCAACUGUUAACCUAACAGUACCAAGUCCACUACGAAACCGUGUCCCUAAGUACCACAUCUACAUGUCUUUUAAAUACCUCCAGGGAUGGUGCCUCAACCACUUCCCUGGGCAGCCUGUUCCAGUGCCUGACAACCCUUUUGGUGAAGUCAUUUUUCCUAAUAUCCAGCUAAACCUUUCCUGGUGCAACUUGAGGCUGUUUUCUCUUAUCCUAUUGCUUGUUACUUGGGAGAAGACAGAGUGAUAAGGUGUUGCCUCAGCCUCCUUUCUUCAGACUAAACAACCCCAGUCACCUCAGCCACUUCUCACAGGACUUGUUCUCUAGACCCUUCACCAGCUUCCUUGCUUUUCGGUGGAUGCACUCCAGCACCUCAAUGUCUUUCUUGUAGUGAGGAGCCCAAAACUGAACACAGUACUCGCAGUGUGGUAUGUUUUCCUCCUCCCCAAGCACUGUAUUUGCAUGGUAAAGCAUCCUGCCAGAUACAGUUUUCAGGAUGUCUGCAUGAGGCAGGGUGACCCCAGGGCCAUGCAGCAUCACACAGCGCUGGAACAUGCACACCAGCAUGGGACACCUUGCCUUCACUUGUGACUGAACUAAAAGAAACUCCCCUGUGAAUGGCUUGGAAGCCUCACAUCUCUUUAUGCCAUCCAUGCUCCUGGCCCACCCUCCCAUAUCAGAGCCUUCCCAUAUCUGCUCUGCUGCCACCACCCUGCUGCUUCUUUGGGGGCUGUUAAACCUGCCCCACCUCUCUGGAGGUACCACGUAAUCUGCAGUGGACACAGGGGAGGAGUCCUAGAGCACAGUGGUAACUCAAGGGAUAAACAGAAAGGCAGCAGAGAUGACCACAGGCUCCCAGGUUACAUCUUAAGAAACCCACAUGCAUGGAAUUUCAAACUGCAGCUUCCAGGGACCUAGAGAGAGAACCUGCAGAGAGCAAAGGCUGUACAUUUAAGAAAAAAAAAAAGCCUGGCAAAGACUGGAGGCAGGCCAGAUCUGCUCACCCCUGAGGAGCUGCUCUGCUCCAGGGCAAGUCUUGCAACUGCACAAGGAGGUGGCUUCAUCCCUGCCACGAAAGGAUGUCAAUUCCCAGAGGAUCUGAGGAUAGCCACAUUGUCUGGUUCUUCUACCAACCUUGCAGCCACUUUGAAUUCAUUGGGGAGGGGGUGUUAAGGGCACUAGCACCUCACCAGAGCAUGGAGAAAAUGCUAGCAGAAGCUGAAUCCCAAAUACUCUGGCACUGAGUGUGUUAGAAACUGGCCAAAGUGGGGACAUGUCCCUGGUCCAGCACAACUGUUAUGCACAGGUAUAAUCUUAAGCUUUUCUGUGCUAUCCCAGCAUGAGAAACAGUUUGCAGAGGAGGCCAGGAUUCCCACCUCCUCUCUCAUGCAGGAAACUGAGGCAGACUGAUCUAGGGGCCCAGCCAUGCAGACUGCAGAGCAGGGAGCAGGAUCUCUGGAUUGAAGUCAUUGUAACAAGCAGAAGCUUCCCCUUUGCAGCUGUACUGACCCUGAAGAUGGUCCUACAGAGGCUGUGUAAGCCGGCAUGCUGUGCAGGUCUGCGGCUGCAAUGGGCAACAGGCAGCUAGAAGCAACCGCUAAAGGAUAUCCUCCUGUGGGAGCAAGGGACCAGGUAGGUGUUCCCACUGGUUUUACUGGGGCUGCCCAUUGCCAUCCUGCCUCAUGAGGGAAAUGCUUUGCUCAUAGCCUUGAUCUGCCAAGUACUGGACCAACAAGUCACUGGGAAGACUGGGAAGUCCUCAACAUGCACAGGCCCUUGGCUGGAGUCCUGGUUAUUCUGUCUGGAUUUCCCAGGAAGGUGGUGCAGCCCUUGGACAGGUUUGAAUUUGGAAGUCUGCACCCUUGGGGGUUUCCAAAGUAUAUGAUGCCACAGCCGCCCUGACCUUAUACAGCAGACAAUCCUGCUGUGAGGGAGACUGGUGUGGAGACAGAGGUCUCUUCCCACCAUCACUGCUAGAGUCCCAUGCAAACACCUUUCAAACAGCAUACACCCUGUUUCAGACCUAGCAAGGGGUCUUCAAGGACUAACAACAACUAACAACACCUCCCUGCAUCUCACUCUGGAAACCAGCAGCAAGGCAGUGCUGCAUCCUGCCCUGCCAUGCAGCUUCUCUCUACUAUAAAGGAGGGCAUUUAAGUCACAGUUUAGCAGCAGUGAGUAUAAAUUUCCUAUCUGAAGUUGAAUUAUUUGCUGUAUAGAAGCACUAAAAAGUUUUGUAAUCCACACAGUAGAUCCUAGGCAGAGACUCCUUAUACCUUUGCACUCUGAUAAGGAGAAUAUUAUUACCCUACUAGUGGCCUGGACAGAUAAGACAUUUGGGGCGGGCAGUCUGCGUUUUUUUCAAGCGCUCAUUAUGCUGCACCAGUAUCUUCAGAUGCCGUUCCCAGGGAACUAAGCUUCUUUCUGUUCAAACCUGCAAAGCGCGAUGGAGAGUUUAGGCGAAGACAGUGCUUACUCGGACUCUUCCCUGCAACCCUCUGCAGCCCGUGAGGAGUAUGCUGUGCCAGAUGUCAUCAUCACUCGCCGCUUGAGAGACCGGGAGCUGCUCCGGAAAAGAAAAGCAGAAGCCGAGGAGAAAGAUUCAAUUCAAUGGGUUCUGAGGGAGCAGGAGAGGAGCAAACGGCAAAGGAGAGGCAGAGGAGCCAGGCGUGGACGGGGCCGCCAGCAGCUGGUGGAGCCCACCCUGGAGUCAGGACCAGGGCCAGAGUCCCAGCCUGGCCCCCAGGAGGAGGCUGAGCCAGCACCUCCGGAGCCGGCACCACCUGAGCCGGUGCAUCAAGAACAGCUGCCUGUGCUGACCAUCCAGGACGUGGUCAGUGAGAUGCAACCAGAUGAGAUGGAGGGGGAGCUGGCUGCAAUGGAUCUGACAGCGGUGGAGCUGGCAGACAGCAUCCAGGAUCCCAUAGGUGAAGUGGAGUUGCUGAAACCAGCAGAAGCAGAAAUACCAGAAGCUUUGAAUGCUGCCCUGGAAAGUGAAGAGCAGGAUAAUGAUUUCAACACACAUGUUCUCUUUUAAUUUUGUUUGGGUUUUUAAAAAAAUGUUUUGGCUCCUGCCUGACUAACUCUGAUAAGAACCACAAAGUGAUUUUGACCAGCUCUUUUCUUGUGAGUAAUAAAGCCCACAUUCUCCUGGUCACUCUGCUUUCUGUUCUUCUUUCAGGUUACGAUGAGAGGGAACAUGGUUGCUUGCUCAAAGGCAGUCCUUUGGGAGUUGCCAGCUGC